AUGUCAUUCUGUGUGUACCCUUGUGGGCCAACUCUCCCCGGUAUUGCUUCCAACUGUGUUGAAUUCUACACUGUGGUGUCUGGUGACUACUGUGAAGCUGUUGAGAAGCGGUUUGGUAUCACUGCCGCUGAUUUUCUGGCAUGGAAUCCCUCAAUUUCAACUGACUGUUUGACCAAUUUCUGGGCUGGAUAUGCCUAUUGUGUUGGGAUCAAUUCAGCUGCAACUACAUCAACAUCAAUAUCAACUACAUCAACAUCCACUAUAUCAACUACCAUAGACACAACCUCACCUACUGUCACUUCUAGUAUCACGACUACUCCUUACUCCAUCCGUCACUCUGUGACGCCGUACAACCUCACCGCGCCGGUCACAGCCACGGCCUAUCCUCCAACCAAUACAUUGGGGGGUGAGCCAAGGUACUGCAAUUUCUGGCACUGGAUUGGAGCUAGUGAUACUUGUGAAAGGAUUGUGAAUCAGUACAGCAACCGGCUAAGCUUAGAUCAACUUCAUGAAUGGAACCCAACCCUGGGCGACGAUUGCAGUGGCCUCUAUUACAACUGGUAUGUCUGUGUGGGAGUCCAGCCCCAGACCGGUAUCAGCUUCUACUGGUCCACGAGUGCUACCAAUGCAAACGUUCCCUCGCCAACUCUUUACACGCCGACAAUAACCACUAUUAUCGCCAACUUCACUGCCAGUCCGCAGCAGUUGGGCAUUCCCAGCAGCUGCCAGAACUUCUACCAGGCUCAAGCGGGUGAUACCUGUAGCAUCGUCUUAGACCGGUAUAGCUACAUCACCCAGGAUCAAUUCUUUGACUGGAACCCUGCUCUCGGGAACAACUGUCAAGGUCUCCUGGAGGGCUACUACUACUGUGUGGCCAGCUUUGACUCCAGCAAUCUCCCCCUUCCGCCCACUAUCACCGCAAGUGCCUCCCCAACGGCUACUGACACUGUUGCGCAAUGUAAUUCGUGGUACAAGACCGUGAUCAACGACGACUGUGCGACCAUCGCUCUGAUUUUCGGCACAUUAUCUGAAGCAGACUUCAUAUCGUGGAAUCCGAGCGUCGGAUCAAGAUGCCAGCGCAUCCAGCAGGGAACAUACUACUGCGUGGGAGUUCCUGGCACAGCAACAACCCGGACAUCUCCUCUGCCAACAACCACGACUGGCCCGGGCUCAAUGCCAACACAAAGCGGCAUCGCAAGCAAUUGCACGAGGUUCUGGCUGGUCUCAUCGAGUGACACUUGCAGCUCCAUCAUCUCCAAAUCGGGGGUUUCUUCCAUCGACUUUUACAACUGGAAUCCAGCCGCCGGGAAUGAAUGCACCGGUUUGACGCCAGACUACUACGUCUGCGUCAGUACAACCAUCUCCACGUCAACAUCCGAGUCGUAUACUACCAUCACCGGUGCCGUCUCAACGACUUCCAAGCCCCCUACAGCUACAACGAGUGGAAGUGCAGUCACAACGCCCUCACCCAUCAUGCCGGGCAUGGUAGAUGGGUGUGUUCGAUUCUGGUAUCGGGGUGAUGACUCGGCAGAUCUUUACUGUCAGGAUAUUGCUACCGACGCAGGGAUUUCACUUUCGGACUUCUAUUCAUGGAAUCCAGGCGUCGGGAAGAGCUGCACAUCGCUAUGGCAGAAGAGUUGGUACUGUAUUGGCAUAUCAGGCCCAAGAGGGACUAUCUCGACUGGUCCACCCACGCCGAUAUGUUCGUCAGCUUGAUACCUUGGAAAGAACGUAUCCAAUCCAGGGGCAAUCCAGUAACCCAAAUCACCGGUAGGCUCCAGCGCCUUCCAGACCCGCACUUGGUGCCGAUUAUCCUUGUCCGUCUCGAUGAUCAGGUCAUUUCCGUGAGAUUCCCGAUUCCUUGUCAGCAUGAUACCGAAGGCCUCUUUUGGGAGAGCGACUUUGACCUGUCUC